AUGUCCACCAAAAGGCUCCAGAUAGCCGCAGCAGGCCUCGGCCGCAUGGGCAAACGCCAUGCUCUCAACUUCCUCAGUCGCACACCUCGUGCUGAGCUCGUCGCCGCUUUCUCCCCGGACCCUGUUGAACUGCAGUGGGGAAAACAACAUCUUGAACCCUACGGGGUCACGUUAUAUGACGACUACGACAAGAUGAUCUCGCAAGAUGGCCUCGAAGCCGUAGUCAUUGGCACCGCAACAUCCGUCCAUGCUGAUGAAGCGAUCAAGGCCAUGGGGAAGAACCUGCACGUUCUAUGCGAGAAGCCGUUGUCCACGGAUAUUGAAGUUUGUAAGCAAGUCGUUGAGGCCGCAAGGAAACGCCCACAUCUGAAAGUCAUGUGCGGUUUCUCGCGCCGAUUCGAUGAAAGCUACCGCGACGCUCACCAGAAGUAUGAGCAAGGGUUGAUCGGGAGGCCUUCUAUUUUUCGGUCGCAGACUUGUGACAAACACGAUCCUUCUGGGUUCUUCGUCGAAUACGCAGCUUGGUCCGGGGGUGUCUUUGUUGACAUGUCCGUUCAUGAUAUCGAUCUUACGCUCUGGUUCUUCGGAGACGAAAUUAUCCCUAAAUCAAUCUCUGCCCACGGCAUCACUGCUGUCCAACCUGACCUCAAGAGGUACAACGACUAUGAUAACGCAGUUGGCAUCGUGGAGUUCCACAACGGGAAGAUUGCUUACUACUACUGCUCCCGCAUGAUGGCGCAUGGCCAGGAGGAUGUCACGGAGAUCAUUGGCACGGAGGGAAAGCUAAGCGUGAAUUCCAAUCCGCAAACAAAUUUAGUGAAUCUGUAUCACUCCGGCGGUAUCACACGAGAGGUACCAAAGGACUACUAUGGUAGGUUUGAAAUGGCAUUUGUAAGGGAGAGCAACGAGUUCACGGCUGCUUGUCUGGAUGACACGCCGUUGCCAUUGAAGCUGAGCAACGCGGUCAAGGCCGUUCAGCUUGGGGCAUGGCUGCAAGAGGCUCUUGUUACUGGAAGGCAAAUUCACUUCGAUGAGAUUGGGAGGAGAGUUGAGAGAUCACACCUAUGA